GGCCAUUGGAUCCCGUGUCGCCGUCUCGCUUAUUCUCGCUGUCUCAGUGUCUCUCUCGGUGUCGCUGCGUCCAUCGCUUGCGUCGCAAGCUUCAAAUGGCAGCGGCGGCACGGGCUGAGCGGCCGCGAGCUUGACCCGGACGCGCGUGAGCUUGCACCCGGCCAUGUCGGCGCCUGGCGCGGAGGGGGUCAUGGCGGGCCUCCCCGCCGAGCACGGCCUCGCGCGCGCAGCCUCCUCCGCCUUCGAGGACGCCGACUUCUCCUCCAGUUUCGAUGGCCCUCAGCUCCCGCCGCUGCGGCUGCGCGCCUCGUACAGCGGCGGCGCGCUCGCGAGCCCUGGCUCCAGCUCCUCCUCCGACACCUUCGUCAGCAUGCGCUCCACGCCCUCAGGAAUGUUGAAUCGGUGCGGGCUGUGGUCGCCUCCUCGCUCGCCGUCGGAGGCGUCGUCAUCGGAGAUGGAGUUCGGCACGGCGCGCGAGUACGACACCACUGACGUCUUCUUCCGUGAUAACUGGCUCUACGACGACCUCCUGUUCCACGGCAAGCCGGGGAGCGACGGUGGCAAAGGGGAGGACAAGUUCAUUGUUGGUCUUGAGGUCAUCUCGCGGCGUAGUGAGAUGCGGGAGCUUGGCGAUGGCGGCGGCCGCCGGCACGUGCAUAGAGACGGCAAUGCUGACUCUGAUGGGUGCGCAGAGGUAAAUACGUGCUCGUCACCGCCCUGCAAUUGCUGCUACGGGGAAAGGAAGAAUGAUGAGGAGUUGGUGAGAAAUUCUUGCUCCGCGGUUUAUGGGAGGUAUCAUAUCGUGGACGACCAGACGGAGUUGCUGGAUGAGUGCGUUGCAGAAGCGUUCCGGUUCAGGUUGACCGAGGAUGGCGAUGCCGAGCUCAAGGGCGAUCAGUUAAUUGAUCCCAAGAAAGGAGAGGACGCUGGGUUGGACCUUAGUGCUUUGGAGAAGGAGCUUCAAAUGCUUAGUCCGUUUUUGGCUGAUGUAAAUACUCUUGAGAACCCUGGGCUUGAACAUGACUUCAGAGGCAAUGAGAAACUAGAUAUUUGCAUGGUAAUGAAUGAGGAAAUUUCUGAUGGCGAAGAAUUUCUAAAAGAUAGCUACAGUGUAAAUCCUUUUUCUGAGAGUGGUGGUCCUGAAGAUGUUUAUAGAGUGGAAGAAUUAGGGGCAGCAGACACAGAUGUUCAAAACUCUACCGCUCGUAAAUUUCAGGAAGACCUGAAAAUUUAUCCUGCAGUCUCUAAGUUUCAUCAAGAGUAUGAAGUAUUUGAAUUGAAAGUUUUCCACCGGAAAAACAGGACUGGCUUUGAGGAAAACAAGGAGUUCCCUAUUGUCAUUAAUUCAGUUGUAGCUGGAAGAUAUCGUGUCACUGAGUAUCUUGGCUCUGCUGCAUUCAGCAAGGUUGUACGGGCACACGAUCUUCGUGCUGGAGUUGAUGUAUGCCUUAAAAUAAUAAUAAAUGACAAGGAUUUCUUCGACCAAAGCUUGGAUGAAAUAAAGCUCCUUAAGUUUGUCAAUAAAUAUGAUCCCGAAGAUGAGCAUCAUAUACUGCGUCUCUAUGAUUAUUUCUACUAUCAGGAACAUCUCUUCAUUGUAACUGAAUUACUACGCGCGAAUCUGUAUGAAUUUCAGAAAUAUAACCAGGAAUCUGGGGAUGAGGUGUACUUUUCAUUGCCCAGAAUACAGGCUAUAGCUCGACAAUGCUUGGAGGCUUUGGUGUAUUUGCAGCAUUUAAAUAUAGUUCAUUGUGACCUGAAACCAGAGAAUAUCCUUCUUAAGAGCUAUAGCAGAAGUGAAAUUAAGGUUAUUGAUCUUGGAAGCAGCUGCUUCUUGUCAGACAACUUAACCUUAUAUGUUCAAUCACGUUCUUACCGAGCUCCUGAGGUCAUCCUGGGUUUGCCAUAUGAUCAGAAAAUUGACGUUUGGUCUCUUGGCUGCAUCUUGGCUGAACUGUACACUGGUGAAGUGCUCUUUCCUAAUGAAUCUCUACCAAUUAUUCUUGGUCGUAUGAUCGGGACAAUUGGUCCAAUUGACACCGAAAUGCUUGCAUUGGGACAGGAGACCCAGAAGUAUUUCACAGAUGACUAUGACCUUUUCCACAAGAACAAGCACAGGAUAUUUAUUUCUCUUAUUCCAUUCCCAUUUCCAAACCAGGAGACAGAUCAGUUGGAGUAUUUGAUCCCCGAGAAAUCAUCUUUGCGGCAUCAAUUGCAAUGUCCUGACAAGAAGUUUGUUGAUUUUCUGUCUUACCUGCUUCAAAUAAAUCCCAGAAAGAGACCAACGGCCAGUGAAGCGUUGCAGCACCGAUGGCUUUCGUUCGCAUAUCGUUGAGCUGCCAAUCAAGCUCUUUCCUGAUUUCCUCACAAGCAGGGGAGCACUUUCUGAAGUUCCCUAGCUCAUGAAUAUACAUUUUCUUUUGCAGCAGGAUUUGGUUUCGUUUUUUUUUUCUAGGUCAAUCCUUGGCAUAGAAACCCUGUUUCCAUCGUGAAUACACACUAGUUCGUGCAUGUAAAUACGAGAGAAAAAAAUCCCUAUUGUAUCCGUACAGCUGUCAUGUACUCCGAUGUUAUUGAACCAAUUCAUCACAUAGCAAAUCAAGUUGUUAUGCUU